UUAGCCUAGCAGCGCCGCGGAGCAGUGACAUGCUGUGGCACAGAAAUGCUAUUCCACCGGGGCACCGCGUCGCAUCGAGCUAGGCUAGCGAGUCGGGAUGGAAAAUUAACCGUCUGCUAAGCUAAAACUCCACAGACCACUCGGGUGUUCGCGUGACGCCUUCACACGUUGAAUAUUCCCCCGGGGGAGGAAGAAGAAGAAGAGGUGGCGGCCACCAGCACCACCAGGAGCCGGAGCAGGAGCUAGCAGGUCAGCAGAGACGUAUUGGAGCCCUUGGAAGUUCUCAGCUUUGAUGCAGUACAGUGAACCUAGUGCAAGAUGACGGAAGAGGUGAUUGUCAUCGCCAAGUUUGACUACAUGGCCCAGCAGGACCAGGAGUUGGACAUCAAGAAAAACGAGCGCCUGUGGCUCCUCGAUGACUCCAAGUCCUGGUGGAGGGUUCGAAAUGCCACCAACAAAACAGGCUUUGUGCCGUCCAACUACGUGGAGAGAAAAAACAGUGCCAGGAAAGCGUCGAUUGUCAAGAACCUCAAAGAUACACUCGGAAUUGGGAAGGUGAAGAGCAGAAAAGGAGGGAUGAGGGACACGGCGUCCAACGCUGACACAGACAUGUAUGCCGAUAAUGGCGAGCGGCUCUACGACCUCAACCUGCCUGCCCUCGUCAAGUUCAGCUACACGGCCGAACGCGAGGACGAGCUGUCCCUUGUGAAAGCCACACGGGUGAUAGUGAUGGAGAAGUGCAGCGACGGGUGGUGGCGCGGCAGCUACAAUGGACGCUCGGGUUGGUUUCCGUCCAACUACGUGACGGAGGACAUGGAUGGGACGGCAGGGGGAGGGGGAAUGGGUGGACCCGGUGACCCAGUGGGAUCACUUACAGAGAAGCUGGCGGCGGUGGUGAACAGCACCACAAACGGGAACAGGGUGCUGCACACGGUCCAGGCGCUCUACCCCUUCAGCUCAGAAAACGACGAGGAGCUGAACUUUGAGAAGGGCGAGGUGAUGGAGGUCGUGGAGAAGCCGGAGAACGACCCGGAGUGGUGGAAGUGCCGCAAAGCGGACGGACAGCUCGGCUUGGUGCCUAGGAACUACGUCACGGUGCUGGACUCCGCCUCCCAUAGUCCCGGAGCGGGGCUCGCCGGACCGCCCACACCUGACUGUGACUACAUCUCGCCUUCAGGCAUCGGGCGCUUCGCGGGGAAGGAGUGGUACUACGGCAAGGUGACGCGCCAUCAGGCGGAGGUGGCGCUCAACCAGAGGGGAUCGGAGGGAGACUUCCUCAUCCGAGACAGCGAGUCAUCGCCAAACGACUUCUCGAUCUCCCUGAAGGCGCAGAGCAAGAACAAGCAUUUCAAAGUGCAGCUGAAGGAAAACCUUUACUGCAUCGGACAGCGCAAGUUCAACUCUAUGGAGGAGCUUGUUGAACACUACAAAAAAGCCCCCAUCUUCACCAGUGAGCAGGGAGACAAACUGUACCUGGUCAAGGCCUUGGCAGCCUCCUGAUCCCUCUGUGCUACACAGGCACUCACACAGACACACACCUCCACACAUUAACUGCAUCCAUACAGUAUAUAUAUAUAUAUAUAUAUAUUUAUAUAUAUAUAUAUAUAUACACGUACAGAUACUCACAGCAGAACACACACUAACAUUUAAACUCCAAGCCUGAGGACUUAACACAUCGCCAGGACUUCAAUGCCCGAUUUGUGAGCAUUCCAGGAAGAGGCAUGGAGGCAAAAAGCAUGGGAGAGACUCUGAGAACUUGAGGGGGGGGGGACAAAAGAGAAAAGACUAUGGACUCCUGAGAGUUGACUACAGACCUCUUGGUCGCCUAUUUUAAAUUAUCCAGAUGUGUUAGGUCAUAGGCAAUGCCAUGUAUUUCCACCUUGGUAUCUAUAUGUUCCAUUUAGUAUCCUUUUUUUUUUGUUUUGUUUUUGUCGAUAAUAUAUAAUCUUUUAACAGUUUCUUUUUUUUUAUGUGAUUUUUUUUUUUUUUUUUUUUUAAACUAUAUCCAACACAAAACAACAAAGGACCCACUGAGGCUUUUUUUUUUUUUGCCAGCACAUUCAGAGUCGAUCCCAGAGAGGUUCCACGUCUCCGCCCGUCUUUGUGUUGGCUGUCUUAACGGUUGUGGACGCACCGAUCCCCAACUUCUGCUAAAUGCAAAUCAUGAAUAAAAAUUAAGUGACCAAAAUAUAUUUAUUGACACGAUUCUAUGGUUGCGGCAAUCGGAACAUCAAACUGUGCGUCUGCCGAGUCAAACUAUACUGUCGACUCCUCCUCUCCAGAACUGCUUGUCUCACAUAUUGCUGUAUCCGUAUCAUGUGAAUGUUACAAGGCCGAGGCUCCAGAGGCGGCCGGGACGUUGCAUGAAGACAGAAUCACGUCCUCGCACCUUCACUGGGAGAGACUGGCCGAGGUCAUCCAUGUGUCUGAAGGGUUGUAAAGUAUUUCCCUCCUCACAGCCGCCUGGAUCCGCCCCUCCCCCCUCCCCCUCCCUGUACGCUGACCACUUCUGUGGAGCUGGGAGGGGAAACGGAGCUACAGGCCAGAGGAUGAUGUCACUGAUCUGGAAUUGGUGAUCACUGGAGGGAGAGAGAAAGGUCACCCACGGGUCGUGUUUGUGUGUCUGCAGACUGUAUACAUGAAGCUGAGAGACGCCCUCUCCCCUCAGCGGCCACAAAGGAUUUUUCAGAAAACAGUUCCUUGCGACAAAGUGCUGCGGGAAGUGAAGUAAACUGGUCUGACUGAGUUUUUCUGGGCUCUGUAAGGUCCCAGUUAUGGGAGCACGGUGGGAUUUUCCCAGUGAAAAGUCUGUCUACACAGCACAUGACUUGUAUUUACAGUCUUUAGUGAAGUGGAGUUUGUCGAGUGAGAAAUGGACCAAGAAGUGUUUGAAUGUUGGAGGAGCAUCUCGUACCAGUGCCUGCAAUCGAAGCUGAAGCGGCUCCUCACACGCUGCUCCAGCAGGGGGCUCGGGGAGAGUACGGCGACGAAGAGGAGGAGGAGGAUGAUGAUCACGGUGCCUGCGAUGAUGAGUUCUCCAGCUGUGGCCUCUUGGACUCGAGCACAGAAAGUAGGGAACGCGAGGGAUUUCGCAGAGGACGAAUGGAAAAAUGAACCCUGAAAGGAGAAAGGAAAAAAGCAGUGAAUUAGGAUCCAGGGAGGAGACUUCGGAGAAUCUGUUCCACUGGAGAUGAGUAUCUGGAAUACUGCUCCCAGUCGCGCUCGGGUGGGGAAAGUGGACGGAGGCCAACGCUGAUGUAUCCGAAGAGAAUAAUAGAUUUUUGGAACUUUUAAGGUCGACUCAAUCUGGCGAUGCCACGCGGAGCAGAAAACACGGGUGUGAACCUCUUUUCCUCCCUCUCCAUCCUCCAGGUGAUUGACAGCUGUGGGAUUGAAUAGCUGUGGGACGGCUGUGUUUUGUUUUAGCUGUAAAAGAUGAAUUAUAAAUAGAAACAAUAACCUUGUCAGUUUGAUAAAUGAUGGCUUGAAAUGGCAGCGUCUAAUUUUACACCUCCAGCGCUCGACGAACCCUUAAUAUGACUGUAACCACACAUGUCAAACAGUUUUAUAUAUGAAGAAAAGCAACAUUCCAACAUGAACACAGCGGAUUUCUAACUUCAUGCCUCUAAGUGUAACUCACAGGAUUGUUUAUCACACGACUCGGGUGUUUUUUUUUGUUCAUUUAAGGUCCUAAAUCUCUAAAGACUUCUUCCACCUUCACACACACGACCACGAUUUCAACAUGUGUAGGAUACUUGUGCCUGUUUCCCUCGUUUUCGUUUCCAGUCGCCAGAUAAAGUAUUUGGGUUACAAGAAUCCUAUUACAUGUCAUUUACUACACCCAAUCCCUGGCUGCUGCCGCCGCUGCUGUAUCGGUGCCAUGUUGCUGACACUUCCUGAGAGACGGUGUUUGCCUGCAGCAGCUGGAGAAAUCCACUGCUGUCAGCAACCUCAUUUUUGUUUUAUUUAUUUGAUUAUUUUUUUUGGGAGGGGGGGGGCUGAAAUUCCCUCCCUGACUCUGAUCUCUGCAGCAUUAAAGUGACAAACGCCAACGCAACGUGCCCCACUUUGAAGGAUUUAGGACGGAAUUUUUUAAUGUGCCUUCACAGCUUUCUGUCAACCAAAGGUUUAGUCCCCUGUUUCUCUUUUUUUUUUUUUGUUUUCCCUCCAUCCAGUUCUUCCCCCUUGUCACCGCCGGGUGCUAUUUGGUUCAAGCUUUGCAUGAGCAUCAGUCGAGUCCCAUCAUCCCGACCGAAAAGGUUAUUUCCUUAUUUAGCGCUCGCUGAUAACAUCAUUGUCUAACUUUUUUAAUUUAAUAAUUUUUCUUGUCAUGCAUAAAAAGACGCCCAUUAGUCGACUGUGUGUAGUUUCAAGUGACCUUAACGUAGCUGAUCUCAUCCGGUGUAAACUCCGUGUACAGUUUGGAAACGUGUGCUGACGUUCACUCAGAAAAACAAUAACCCCAGGUGUGAUGUGACCGUGACCCGGAUGUAUGAGCACCUCAACGUAACGGUGUCACGUACAGUGUGUCAGGGUUUCCACCGAAAAACGGUUUUCAAUGUCUGUAUGUAAGUGUAAGACAUUCACUUUUGCAUUUAAGCCACUUAAAUAUGUAAAAAAGAAAGAUCAUUGAUACUUAAAACGUGUUACUUGAUAUACAGAUCUACAGUAUCUCCCUGCAUAGGUAAUGUUAUGAUGAACUAGGGAUCUUUUUUCGUUUUACAAAGAAGGCCGCAUGAGCAGAGCCUCGUAGCUGUACAGACAUGGUUUUAGAUCUGCUUCCAGAACACAGGGGCGUCAGUUGGGACAUUUGUUAUCAAGAGGUCGGUUCCCUCAACUCGUUUGCCACCGGGAGUUGCCUCAGGGAACUCGUGACGGAUCCCAAAGCCUGAGGUGAUGUCGCGUAUCGAUUUUCUUGAUAACGUUGACGACCAACUGCCAGUGUUUUAACUUUGGUGCUUUUGUGCUGCUUCCAUUUCUCUGGUGUUCUUUGUCUCACAAAGCUUUGAUCGUUGUGUCCGAGAGCGAGUGAGAGAGAGAGAGGGAUGGAGAAGCAGAUCCAUGCUGUGGAAUGAUCAAGGCAGUGCUGUGAAAAAAAAUGUCAUGCUCUUAAAUACUGUUCUAAAUACUGUUAUGAAAAGGGGAGAUGUGUUCAGGUGUAAUGAUUUAGAAGAGUUUAUUAGAGUGUUCAAAAGACGUAAUAAACCACAUGAAAAUCA